AUGGUUUGCAAGAGACAUACAGAUGGUGCAAUGAAGGUCGGCGUGUUGACAGUAUCCGAAACUGCCUCACGCGACGCUACAACCGAUCGCUCCGGUCCCGUCCUCGUCGAGCUUUUCGAAUCGGAUCCCGACAACUGGGCAGUUACACAGAAAGCAAUUGUUCCCGAUGACAUUGACAAGAUCCGCAACACCGUCAAAGAAUGGUGCGACACUGAGGAAUUAAACCUUAUCGUGACCUCAGGCGGUACCGGCUUUGCCGUGACGGAUGUCACUCCCGAGGCAGUGAAGCCGUUGCUGGAGAAGGAGGCGCCAGGGCUGGUACAUGGUAUGUUGGCGUCCUCGUAUGCGAUCACGCCAUUCGCUGUCAUGGCUCGUCUCGUCGCCGGUGUUCGCGGGCAGACCAUCAUCCUCACCGUACCCGGCAGUCCCAAGGGCGCAAAGGAGAACGUAGAGGCUGUACUCAAGAUGAUGCCACACGCCUGUGAACUCGCAGCGGGUGAGAACAGUCGCGCGUUGCACAAGGGUGGAGUCAAGCAACUGGAAGAAGAAGCCGGUGUCGAGGGAGGGCACGCGCAUACGCAUAGACAUGACCCACAUCACCACCAUCACCAGGGACACUACCAUGGGAAAGUCGGUGGUAACCUCUCCAAGACCUUUGAUCAGCCAGUUACGAGACGCCACCGUGAGUCCCCAUACCCCAUGAUCAGCGUCACCGAAGCACAGCAAAUCAUCGCAGACCACAGCUUCGUUCUCAACUACGAAGAGAAGAAGGUCGACCACAAUCUCGUUGGCUGCGUCGUCGCCGAGGAUGUCGCAGCACCCGAGAAUGUCCCGGCCUACCGAGCAAGUAUUGUCGACGGGUACGCCGUCAUCGCUUCUGACGGUCGAGGAGUCUACCCCGUCGUCACAGUCUCCCAUGCAUCCGCUGGUGAACACCAACCCCUACAACCAGGCCAAAUAGCCCGUGUCACGACCGGGGCUCCCCUCCCACCUGGCGCUACCGCCGUCGUCAUGGUCGAAGAUACAAUCCUCAAGUCCACGAAAGAGGACGGCAAAGAAGAGAAUGAAGUAGAAAUCCUCGUCGAUGCAAAAGACGGCAACAACGUCCGUGAGAUCGGAAGUGAUGUCAAAGCCGGAAGUGUGAUCAUGCGUAAAGGCGAGGAAAUCACCUCAGUUGGUGGUGAAGUCGGUGUGCUUGCCUCUGUAGGCAGGGCAAAAGUCAAGGUAUACAAAAAGCCGAUCAUCGGCCUACUCUCGACCGGAAACGAAGUGGUUCCCCACGACAGAGAAGGCGGACUCAAAUCAGGAGAAAUCCGGGAUAGCAACCGUCCGACUCUCUACACAACCAUCGCAGCAUGGGGCUACCCCGUCGUCGACUUCGGCAUCGCAAAAGACACAGCCCAAGAUCUCGAAUCAACCCUCCGCACCGCCCUCGAAAAGACCGACGUCGUCAUCACCACCGGCGGCGUCUCCAUGGGCGAACUCGACCUCCUAAAACCCACGAUCGAACAUUCCCUAAAGGGGACCAUUCAAUUCGGCCGUGUCGCGAUGAAACCCGGAAAACCGACUACGUUCGCCACUAUACCCUGGCACGACGGGUCUACCAAACUGAUUUUUGCGCUUCCUGGGAAUCCGGCGAGUGCGAUGGUGACGUUUAACCUCUUUAUUCUUCCCUCGCUACGGAAGUCGGCUGGGUAUGAGCCUGCUGCGCUACCAAAAAUUAAGGUCAUACUCGCUGAAUCCGUUAGACUUGAUCCCCGGCCCGAGUACCAUCGUGCGAUCUUGCAUGUUGAUAAUGAAGGGAGGUUGAAGGCACACUCUACGGGAGGGCAGAGGAGUAGUAGGAUUGGGAGUAUGCAGAAGGCGAAUGCGUUGUUGUGUUUGCCUAGCAUUAUGGAAUUGAAUGGAAAGACUGAGUUGGCUGCUGGUGAGACUGUUGAUGCGUUGGUGUUGAGCAGGCUUCAUGGGUCCAUGUAAGAUCUACUACCGAUGAGUUCGUUUUGUAGUAUUUAGAUUCCAUGAGCAUGCUAUAUCGUUCAUACUCAAGAUGACUUGAAUCUACUAUCGCAAUUCAUAUCCACCCUCAUCUCCCCCCACCUCCGGUGCUGGCGUUCGUAGCAGUCCCUCUAACAAAUAUUCGAAGUCCAGUCCAAUGUGUUUCAAGAUCUCACACUGCUUCUUCGUCGCCGCGACACUCGCCUUAUACUCC